UAAUUCCUAAUACUUGACAGUUCAAAUUCAGAUCGACAACAAAAAUGCUUUCAAGAAGAUUAUUCAACACAUGUGAUGACUUUGAUGUCAUUCCAGCAUCUAUGUCUUCACUGCGUUUUGAUUCUACACCAGUAAAGGCUGAUGAUCUUAUGUCUGUGAUUACUCAAAACAUCAAGCGGACCCUGUUUCCUGAUGAUGACGAGGAUUCUGGUCUCGGUAUGGAUGAUCAUAUUACUUUUGCUCCUAGCUUGACGAAAUCUGCCAAGAGACAACGUACAGAAGAUGACAACUCAUCAUGUUCAAAAAGACCAAAAGUUUGUACCGAUAUAAAGGCUGUGGUAACCAAACUUGAAGAGAACGACGACUUCAUUGCCGAUGGUAGCAGAUUGCAUACUUUACCAACUGUCACUGGAAAACAUUCUGACUUGAGAAGCAUCACUCCACAGACACUUGCUGAUGUUGUUAACGGGGAAUACGAUGACGUCAUCAGUGACUACAAAAUCAUCGACUGCCGAUACCCGUAUGAGUUUGAAGGCGGACAUGUCAGAGGAGCAGAUAAUAUGUAUUUGCACGAGAAAAUUUUAACUUUGCUUCAGCAACCAACCAAAGAUAAACAGAUCAUCAUCUUCCACUGUGAGUUUUCGUCCGAAAGAGGUCCUAAAAUGUUACGAUUUCUCAGAAGCAAAGACCGAGAACUGAAUAAAGAAAACUAUCCAUCACUGAACUUUCCAGAAAUCUAUUUAUUAGAUAAUGGUUACAAGGCAUUCUUCAAUGAACAACCAUACCUAUGUGACCCAGUGAGCUAUCGAACAAUGCUUCAUUCCGACCACUCAGAAGAUUUGCGCCAUUUCCGAGUCAAAUCAAAGUCAUGGACAGCUGGCGAGAAACGAAGAUAUGCCAAAAGAUCAAUGUGAUUUUAGAACUAUUUUAUAAGUUUAGAAU